UUAGCUCUCCCACCACGCUGUUGGCUGUGAAGUAGUACUGAAUGCUAGAUGGGCGGGAGCUCAUCUGUUUAACAACAAAGGAGCGACAUGUAAAAAUUGAUGCUACUUCAGUUCGGCCUUAAUUUCGCACCAUCGAGCGACAUGUAAAAAUUGAUCCGUUUGCUCUAUACAUGGAAGCCGCGGCUGCAGUUUAAUUUUUGCACUCCAUCCUUUGACCACAGAGUUGUGACAGAUGAGCUGAUCCGAUAACUACUGGAAAGAAAACGGCGACUUGCUACUCCUGGAGCUAGUCCUAUAUAGGGAGUGGCUUCCUUCCUAAUGAACUCGCCCUCCAUCGCUUCUUCUACUGACGCGUACAUUGAGUAGGCACUACGCUCCAGCCAUGGCCGCCAUCCUGGAUGCCUUGGCACCCUACGUGAAGAAGCUGAUCUCUGACAUGGCGCAAGAAGAGGUGUCCAUGCUGCUGGGUGUCUCCGGCGAGAUCGAGAAGCAGGAAGGCAACAUUGAAGGCCUCAAAGCUUUCCUCGCAGAUGCAGAGAGGAGGCGCAUCACUGACCAGAGUGUGCAGAGAUGGGUGAGGAAGCUCAAGGACGCCAUGUAUGACGCCACCGACAUCAUAGACCUGUGCCAACUCGAGGCGGCUGACAAGCGGAGGGGGUCUACUGAAGAACGCAGCAGUGUGAAGAAGAAGGUGUCAGUGGGUUGCUUCCAGCCGUUGCUCUUAUGCAUGCGGAAUCCCGUGUUCGCCCACAAGAUAGGCACCCGCAUCAAGGAGCUGAACCAGCGGUUGGAUGGCAUCCACAAGGAGGCAGACAGGUUCAACUUCAGUAUCAACCUUGGUUCCAACCCGGAGCCGAGGAAGCUAACUGAUACCGAAAGGUCUAUGCAGAAGACGACAUCCGAGUUCAAUGAGUCAGCCAUUGCUGGCGAGAAGAUCGAGCAGGAUACAAGAGAGCUUGCACAGUUACUUAUCUCCGGUGGCCUCCACGAUAUGAAGGUGGUGUCCAUCGUGGGGACAGGUGGCAUGGGAAAGACCACCCUUGCCCAGAAGAUCUUCAACGAGGUAACCAUCCAAGAGCACUUCAAAGUGAAGGUAUGGCUCAGCAUCACCCAGCACUUCGACGAGAUUGAGCUGCUAAAGACAGCAAUCGAGCAUGCUGGUGAAGUCCAUGGAGGGACGCAAGACAAGACGCUCCUCACGCGGACCCUCACCAACACCUUGUCCACGGGCAGGUUUCUCCUCAUCAUGGACGAUGUGUGGAGUGACCAAGCAUGGAGUCAUGUUCUUAGUGUCCCAAUCAGAAAGGCAAGCCAGAAACAACAGGGGAACUGGGUCCUAAUCACUACAAGAUCAGAAGACCUGGCCCAACGGAUGGGAGCCUCCUUCUACCAACACCAUGUCAGCCCACUGAAUGAAGAGGACGCUUGGUCCCUGCUCACCAAACAGCUGCCGCCAUCUCCUAAUCAGGUAGUUGGAACUGAUUACCUAAGAGAUGUCGGGAUGAAAAUUGUCAGAAAGUGUGAUGGCUUACCGCUUGCUGUCAAAGUGAUGGGAGGAUUGCUAAGCACGAGGUCUAGAAGUGAGCGUGAGUGGGAGGCUGUUUUGAACCAUCAUGCAUGGUCAGUAGUUGGAUUGCCCAAGGAGCUGGACAGCCGAAUCUAUUUGAGUUAUGAGGAUUUAUCUUCCCAGCAGAAGCAGUGCUUCCUUUACUGUUCACUUUUCCCAAAAGGUACAAGUAUUUUGUGGCGUCGUGUUAUUCCCAUGUGGAUUAGUGAGGGAUUCAUCCAACCUCACACGGACCGAAGUAGUUCACAUGAUGACCAACUAGAAGAAAUAGCAGCCGAGCACUACCAGGAGUUAAUCACCAGGAAUCUUAUAGAACGGCAAGGGACAUACAGAUGCACAAUGCAUGAUGUGGUGCGCUCCUUUGCUGAAUUUAUUGCAAGAGAAGAGUCGGUUGUGGUGCAGGACAUGCAAGUUGCCGGUGGUAGUAAUGAUAGUCUUGUUCGUCGCUUGUCCAUAGGACCAACCAGUCUGGUACCUGGAUUGGCUGCUCUAUAAAAACAAGAGUCAGUAAGAACAUUAUUUAUAAGUUCCAA